CUUCUUUAACACUUCAUCCUUCCUUCAUCAAUAAUAACAAUGGCUGCCUCUAAACACACAUAUCUAAACGCAUUCUUGAUAGUGUUUUCCCUCUUUUCUUUACUCUCUGCUGAGAUGAUCAAUGGCUUCAAAAUGGAGCUAAUCCACCCCCACUCCCCCGCCAACCCUCUCCGCGACGUCUCCAAAACAAAGCAUGGUUGGGUGCGAGAAGCAUACAAGCACGCGCUCUCACGCGCCGCCUCUAUCCACAGCGGCCGCCCCGGAGAGUCGUCGAAGUUCGAGACCGAUAUAAAAGUGGCGGGAGGAGGGUACGUGAUGCAGUACUCCAUCGGGAACCCGCGGUUCGAGACGUACGGCAUCGCCGACACGGGCAGUGUGGUGACGUGGACGCAAUGCGAGCCAUGCACAGACUGCUUCCCGCAAGUCUUGCCCUUGUUUGACCCUAAGAACAGCAAAACGUAUCACACCACCGCAUGCGGCUCGAGUCAAUGCUCUCUCAUUGACUUUCCCGGCUGCUCCGACGACAACACGUGCCAGUACAAGGUGGCGUACGGUGACCGGUCCCAAACUUUCGGCGACGUAGCAAUUGAUACUCUCACCAUGGGCGACUCCUCCUUCGACAACGUCGUUUUCGGUUGCGGCCACCAAAACAAAGGCACAUUCUCAAAUGGAACAUCAGGCAUUGUGGGUUUGGGCAACUCCCCAGUCUCCAUAAUCCAGCAACUGGACCAACAAAUCCAGGGGAAAUUCGCUUAUUGCCUCUCUUCCGAACCAGAAUCCAAAAGCCACAUCCUCUUCGGCUCCGAAGCUAAAGUUCAAGGCCCUAACGCCGUUAAAACACCGAUUAUCAAAUACCCUACCCAACCCUCGUUCUACUGGCUCUCUUUGGAAAGCCUCAGCGUUGGCGGGAAAAAGUUCCACGUCAAGAAGUCCGUGAAGUCAACGUCCAACGUCGGCGGUCGGUCAGCCAAGCUGGGCCCCAAAGCAACACCCGAACCAAACAUCAUCAUUGACUCUGGGACGACUUUGACCAUGAUUCCGUCCGGCUUGUUCGCCAGCUCGGUCGCUGAACUGAAGAGGAGUAUUCGGGCCACACCCGUGGAUGACCCGGAAGGGAUAUUCGGGCUUUGCUACCCGACCCAAGACCUUGUUGAGGUGCCGGACAUUGUGGCCCACUUCAGCGGCGGCGCCGACGUGAAGCUGUCGCAAAAGGGCACGUUUUUGGAGGUGGAGGCAGGGUUGACUUGUUUGACCAUAAUUACGAAUUCAAACAUUGACCUAUCCAUCUUCGGAAACUUGUCGGAGAUUGACUACCUUGUUGGGUAUGAUUUGGAAGAGCAAACCGUUACCUUCAAACCAACUGAUUGCGCCAGUUUCUAGGGUCUAGGUUUUGCAACUUUUGGAUUAUUUCAGUUCAUAUACUAGUAGUGCUUUUGGAUUUUAUUUUUGGUUGUUAAUAAUUGAAUAAUAUGUUGUACCCCAGCAUAACAUUUUUAGUAAUAAAAUUAGUAGAAGUUUGUUU